ACAGUAUUAUUAACUGAUCAAGGACUUCUUAUAGAUAACCUGUACUCCUGACUUGUCAAGACUUAUAGUCUUUGUUUUCCUUGUCUCACUUCCCUGUUAUGUCUAUUGUGUACCCUUCUAGUAAGACAAUAAAUGUGUAUGUUUGCUGUUGUUUCUUGUUUCAAUCGCUUGUAAGCACUCUUUGCUUAUACUAAGACUCUAUUUCUUAUUUUGACAGGGAGUCUACAAGAUGAGGAUUCUGGCUUUACUAUGGACAGUAUGUCUAGUGAGAUUAUGCAGCGGUUGUAUUAAAGGAAAUGAAACCGAUUACAAUGAUGGACCUUACGGUGGAUCUGAGGAAAAUCUCAGAAGUAGUCCACCUCAAUCAGCUGGACAAGAUGGUCUUGUCCUUGAUCUUGCGAGUCCUGAUAAAUCCAAGGUAAAGAUAGAGAUAGAUAAUGAUAAGGGAGUAACCCUCAAGACUUAUUUCCCAAAGAAAGGCUAUUAUAUCAUGCACCAAGUUGUUGAUGGUGAUAAGGAAUUAUGGACCGCCUCUGAGGGGGAAGGUUUAUUAUUCGCUGAAGUUUCGUCAAAGGGAAAUUAUUCAGUACUUAUACUCAUUCUUAAGAAUGGCGAUAGGAAAUAUUUUGAAAAGAAUGCUGAUGGAGAAUGGAAGAAGAUUACUGAGGAAAACUAUGACAAGAAACUACAGGACCUUAAAAAUUCACUGAAUAAGAAGCUUGCCAAAGAUAAAGGUCAGCAUGAGUCUAUCAGUCUCCAUUCUUAAAGAGUCCAUGCUGAUAUUCCUCGGGAAUUUUAAUGGACAUUCACCAAUAAUGCAAUACCAUGAUUCGAUAUCUUACACUCCAUUAGAGUGUGCAUGUUCAAUUAAUGGUAGUCUCUU